AAAUGGAUAACAAAAAGUAAAAAGUAAAAAAAAAACAGUGAUGUUUCUUGGAAGCUCUUAAUGCGGAUCUUGCCUCUCUUUCACCUUUGCUUUAGCAUUACUAACCCCUCUUUUGUUUAUUAAUAUUUAUAUGAGAGAGAGAGAGGAUGUGUAUAAAUACACCUACAAGUCGUUCUCGAGCUCUACCAAUCCGAAUCUCCGAGAAAGAUUCCUUUGUUUCAAGAACUGAGUAAACAAAAGAAAAAAAAAAUGGCAUCAUGGAAGAAAACAAUAGCAACACCAUUCAAGAAGGCAGCAACACUCUUUAACCAACCGCAGCAAUCGCCAAGAAAGGGUUGCGGCGGUGGAAAAAUGGAUGCCAAAGCGAGGGAAGAGCACGAGAGAAGGAUGGUAAGAGAGCUUCAAGGAGAAGUCAUGGCUUGUGGAUACGACGAUGUUCUCGUCAUGUGGUCUAUUCUCGACAAAUCUAACUCCUCCAAUAACCUCAGUUCUUAACCCCAAACCAGACACCAAACAAAUGGUUUUCUUAUCUGCUUUUGUACAUAUAUAUCAAAAGUGGUAGCGAUCACCUCCUUCUCCUCCUCUUCUUCCUAUAGUUACCCUCUCAUGUCUCUUUGUAAGGUCUAGUGAACUUUUUUUCGACGAAUUAUCGUCGAGAAUUUAGAUGUUGCUCUUUCCUCUUUUGAUAACCCACGUGAUUCUGUUACUGUGGGAUUUUUUUAAAAGAGGAAAAAAUCUUUCUUGAGUUUUAUAUCAUCUGCAUGAUAUGAUUAGGAUUAUAUUUGUUUAAGAACUCAAAAACUAGUUCUCCAUAAUGUAAAAGCCAUGUGUAUUGACCGAAGUUGCACAUGAGUCAAAUUAUUAAUCAGAAGAAAUAAAAUAAUUAUGAUAUUAUUCUACUCAUUCUCUUCGAAGUUAAUUAUAGCUUUUCAUUUUCGGUGAAAUGUCUCACAAUUCACACACACUAUCAACUGAGUUGACGUUUCUAACUUUGGACAGACACAAAGAGUUGA